AGCUGUGUUUUGAAGCUACCUGACCGUGUCUACGAAACGCGGUGCAUCUUCACGUCGGUACACGUCCAAUCCCUUCCAUGGUCAUUCCUGACAUUCCUCACAUUACCCAAGGACUCUUUCCCCUCUCUGACAUUGUUGAUGCAUUCUCUCGAAACACGCUGAAGCAGCUCGUCCAACUUGCUGACAUUCUGCCUUCGUUGUCAAAUGUCGAUAAAAAGCGACAGAUCCUUCAAUGGCUCAUUCAGUAUCGAGGGUAUGCAAUCCGGAUCCUUGUUUUGUCGCGUUGGGCAGGGGUAGCGCCCUUGGUGAAUCGUUGUAUUGAUGUGGUCGCGUAUUUGCAGGGUCAAAAAUUCUGCUACCAAAAUCUUAUUUAUGCACUUCAAGACAUCCGGUAUCAGUUGUCAUUCGCUCGGGUCCGUAACUCUGACCUACUGACUGCUGUGGAUGUCUUAUCCAGUGGAACGUAUCCUAGGUUGCUACAGACACCUACGUCAAAUGCAUACCUAGUGCCUGAUGAAGAAAUCAGUGCAAAGGAGGCAUUGAAGGCGCUAGACGCUAUUCAUGCUACCCUACGUUUGCGAUUACAUCUUCACGAGACUAUUCCUCGUCCGUUUCGUGACUAUGAGAUUCGAGACGGACGCUGUAUAUUCGUGGUGCCGAAUGAAUUCUCUGUGGCACUCUCUACAACCUCAGACAACAUUCGUCCAGAAAAUCUAGCCUUUCAAUGGUUCCUUGUGGACUUUGAUUUUCUUUUACCAAGCACAUCACCCUCAACCAUUACGCCAGAGCGGUAUAAAAAUCUAAUUGAACAACAUUUAAACGAGCAACUUGCCGUUGCACUUCUUAACAAACUUCCGGCUCUUCCUCUUGUAUAUGACAUUCUGCAUCGGUGUUGUCUUUACUUGCGUUUAAAUCUUCUACAUCAACAACUUGAGGCCUUAUCCAGAGACAGCUGGGCUGGUCACUUAAUCGGCACUUUAAAUGAACAAACAUCGACUUUGCGUAUCAAGUACUGGCCAAAGCUUAAAAUUUCAAAAGAUGGAAAGGUGGUAACGCCAGACUUCGAAAUCAUCAUCAGCGUGCUGACACAGGAACCGACGGCAUACGAAAGAUUGCUCAGUACUCGUACUUCCAGUGCUGAGUAUGAUCACUCUAAACUCAAUAUCGUUUGGCAGCACGAUGGCACUUCGGAACCAAUUUCCAUCGAGGAACCGUUUGAGAGUCAAGACCUAUUAAUGCUGGUAACGAAGAAACACGCUGCCAUCUUCUUCGAACGCAUCCAAAGCAACAUGAAUAAAAGCAUUCUUUCUGAACUCCGAGAGGAUGGACUCGUGUUGCAAAUGAUGAAGCAUCGGAUUCUUUUAAAGGUGAAUUCAAUCACUGGUCGGCUCGUUCUUCUCGACGAGCAGCAACGUCUAGCACCUGCACGCUAUUUGCGUGCUGCAGAAAACACGAUUGCUGCCAAACCAGACUUGGCCGCACAAACACUUAAUCGUCUGCGUCUUUUCUGCAUUCAAGCUCAAAUGAUUGAAUUGUCACAAUGCGCUAGACUUCAUGUUGUUCGAGGUUAUUUACCGCCUGCCUAUCUUACUUUUACGAGACUUAGUUGGCACAGACCCGACCAUUCUGUUUGGAUGCUCGCUUUUCACGUUGAGACGCUUCACUGGUUUAUGUAUUUGACAUCCGCAACAGGUAAAGUCUUAUUUUCCCAACGUGUCCAUACCACUGGUGACGCAUUAUCUAUUCAAAGCUUCUCUCGUCUGGCACAUUUGGUUCAUUUGCGGCAACAGUUAUACGAAAUUCAGCUUGUUUGUGAAAGCAAACAUAUGCGUUAUUCGUAUAUGUUAACUCCACCAGGCGCAUCAUUCCAAGACACAUUUAGUGAAUUUGUCCAGACAAGUCUUCUUUGUAUUGAAAUGCCGGAAAAGUAUGGUGUAUUAUAUCCUAUGGUAUUUGUCCGUGCGAGCGAAAACAAACUUGUUUUUGAUGGUCGGAUACAUUACAGAACUCCACAAGGAAAAAAAGAAACAAGCGGAGAUUGUACGGUUGACUGGAGAGUUGGUCGUUUUACUGUCCAGUCACGGAAUUUCGACGAGUUUGAAAAACAAUGGGUUGGAUUGAGCAAGCUUGCAAUGUUAGCUGUGACAACUGCUUUCGAGGUGGUUGAAGUAACUUUGCAUUACGUAAAGUUCCGGUAUGGUGACACAGAGACUUUCCAGGUCUCCGUUCUCGAAAAUGAUUCUUUUAAGAUCCAAUUCUUCAAUCCACAAAGCUGCUUCCAUAUGAUUGCACACCUACUGCAGGGUGUCUUAUCCGACAGCAGAAAUGAUGUCCGGACUUUAAGAAAUAUUUUGGAUAGGACUCACGGCAUCCUAAUAGCUCAAUCAAUGGGCUUUAUAGUUUUGGUACGGUCUUUGCGAUCCUUUCGCAUCCUGCUUGCUCCCAAUCAUGGCCUUCAAGUAACUCUUUCUCGGAGUGGUGCCGUGAUUCAGGAUUUAUCUAUAGCAAAGUGCGAACCAUCAAAGAACCCUGCGGACGAUGAAGCGCUUAUAAAAUGGGCACCCUGCGCAUGGUUGAAUUCCGUGUGGGAAGGUGACAUGGACGACGAUGAACUCAAUGGUCAAGUGGAAGCCUCGCCUGAGUCCUGUUUGCUGCGUUUAUCAAAGGAUGCCGAUCUUAGUGCCGUAAUUAAACAUAUACUGAUGCUUACGUGCAAACUAAAAGCUUCAUAGACACAACGUCUAUGAAAACUAAAAAAGGGCAACCGUUUUCUCCGUUCUUGGGGCCUCAAGUAGGGAAAAUGAAAAACAAAAGAAAAAUAGUUUUAUGACAGAAUAAU